AUGCUAAACAGGAAGCCUGUAAUUCAGUUACCCCUGUACUUGAGUCAACCCUCUACACCCUCAAAGUUUAGACGCUUUGUUCACUCAAAGUCCCGGUUUAUUUUGCUUGUUGGUGCUGUGUUUGUGUGUUUUUUGUUUCUUGGUGCCCUGUAUUUAAAUAUGACGAAGAACGAACUCGUCUGCUUCCAUUCUGCACCGCUACUAGCUGCAGAACCACUAAAACAUCUGUCUCACCUCAUCAUCAUUGCAGGCCACGCCGUUUGGCUCGGUGGUGCGACGAACGGCGAAAGCGACACUGAAUGGAUUCUCGAGUCGUACCAGAAAGGAGAGGGAAAGGUGUUUGCUCAGCACGUUCGCGCUGGUAUAGAGCUAAUGCAGGCGGAUGAGAAUUCUUUGCUUGUGUUCAGCGGUGGUCAAACACGUCUGCACGCAGGACCACUCUCCGAGUCACAGUCGUAUUACCGGCUCUCAAUGCAGAUCGACAGUACGCACUCGCCUGAGCGACGGACAACCGAAGAGUUUGCCCGUGACAGUUACGAGAAUGUCGUUUUUUCUAUUGCUCGAUUUCACGAAAUAACUAGCCGGUAUCCCGAAAAGAUUACGAUUGUUUCGUUUGAGUUUAAGCGUGAACGAUUUGUUUCACUUCAUCGAGAAGCUGUCCGGUUUCCGCUAGAGAAUUUCCAGUUCAUCGGCAUUAAUCCGGACAUUGUGACUGAGGAAACUCUGAAGGCAGAAGAACGAAACGCGCUUAUUCCGUUUUCUAAGGAUCCAUACGCUUGUUUGGAUCCUGUACUUCGUCAAAAGCGAAUCCAAAGGAAUCCGUUCCGCCGGCAGCACUCUUACUUGGAUACAUGUCCCGAACUUCGCGACCUCAUUGAGUUCUGUCCCACUCGUUUCCAUCAAUUCUUUCCUGGUCGACUGCCCUGGAGUCAUAAUUAA